AAAUACCACUCUUUUUUUCUCAGCCCCCAAACGUGCUUCAACCAAAUCCUUCAUCACUCUCUUUCUCUCUCAGAAAAAAAUAUCAAUAAAUAUACUUUUUAUUAAGAAACAAAAUUAGCCUCCUCCACUGCCGGGAAAAUUCACCAUUUUCCGGGAAAAUGGUUUCCCCGGAAAACACCAAUUGGCUUUUCGAUUACGGCUUGAUCGACGACGACAUUCCCGGCUCCGAUGGCUCCUUCACGCUCUCCGCUUCCGCCUUCAACUGGCCUCCACCACCACAGCCCUCCAAUGUCGGGGUUGAAAUUGAUGGCUCCCUGGGGGAUUUUGAUGGGCUCAAAGAUCCUGGUGUGAAGAAGAGGGGUAGAACUGAUUCAUGUGCACCUUCUAGCUCUAAAGCUUGCCGGGAGAAGUUGCGGAGGGAUAAACUGAAUGACAAGUUUGUCGAAUUAGGCUCCAUCUUGGAGCCUGGAAGGCCUCCCAAAACAGACAAGGCUGCUAUUCUUAUAGAUGCAGUUCGAGUGGUGACGCAGUUGCGAGGUGAAGCCCAGAACUUGAAAGACUCAAAUACAAGUCUUCAAGAAAAGAUAAAAGAGUUAAAGGCUGAGAAGAAUGAGCUUCUUGAUGAGAAACAGAGGCUUAAAGCAGAGAAAGAGAAGUUGGAGCAGCAGGUGAAAUUAAUGAAUGUUCAACAACCUGGUUUCUUGCCAGCCCCUCCUACAAUUCCUGCUGCAUUUUCUGCACUUGGUCAAGCCCCUGGCAGCAAGUUUGUGCCUUAUGGUUACCAUCCAGGAGUUGCCAUGUGGCAAUUUUUGCCGUCUGCUGCCGUGGAUACCUCACAGGACCAUCAACUCCGACCACCAGCUGCCUAAGUUGGCAUUGUACAAUUACUUGGCCUUCCAUUCUGGCCCAGAAAUUGUAUUAAUUUACCCUAAAAUUCUUGCCUUUUAGCAGUCUACCAAGUAUUCUAACUGGAAUCAGUGGUGACUUUGACUGUAUUUGGCAUCUGAUACUAUUAUGAAGUAAUGCUGGUAUUUGCAUGUA